AUGGCUGCAGUACACGUGCAGGAAUUUGCCUGCUUCACUGACUAUGACAAAGAGCUGGUUUGUCACUGGAAGGUCCCUGUGCAAAUGGAUUGCUCUAAAGAGUUCCUGCUCUACUACAGGAACAAAUCUCAUCCUCUGCUAGACAGUGUGUGUGUUCCUGAGAAUGGGAAGGACAGGCAGUGCACCUGCACAAUCCAUGCUGAGUUUUUUGUGUCAAGCCUGACAUACAUUCUAGCCCUGGAGUUCAAUGGGACUGACAUGUGGAAUUACCACGUUACUCCAGCCCUGGUUGUUAAGCCAAGGGCCCCCAAAAAUCUUGCCAUUGAGAAAGCCGAAAAUGGUAAUUUCAAUCUGAGCUGGGAGGAGAGCUACUCUCCUUCAUCUGUGCUCUCUGGACAGAUGGUCAAUUAUGAAGUGAAAUACUGGAGGAAACAGCACCCAACAGAGGUUUCUGUAAAAGCAAUUAAUUACCAGGCUAAAAGCUUUGAAAUUGUCACAAGCUCCCUUUGGAGGGGAUAUGACUAUGUUGCAAGUGUGAGGUGUAAAUACCUCAACUAUCCAGCCUACUGGAGUGAAUGGAGUGAAGAAGUUGAGUUUCUCUAUGAUUCCCAAGUAACAGCUGAGGACGCUCUGCGGAUGGCUGUUCCUGUGUCCUGCGUACUGAUCAUGGCAGUGUCUGUCAUCUGUUACUUCUGUUUUACCAAAGUGAAGAAAGAAUGGUGGGAUCAAAUCCCAAAUCCAGCAAAGAGCCAUCUGGUUGUUAAAAAUGUGAAGUUUUCAGUUUUGUGCUACAUUGAUGAAAUUAAGUUCCCUUUCCAUGACUUAAAGCAGACUCAUAUGGACAAAAUAAGCUGCACAGACUGUUUGUCUCAAACUUCAUCAAGCCAUAACUUCAAGGGAAAUGAUAACAUCAGAAAUGUUGAGAAAUCUUGCAGUUGCCACAGCAAGCCUGGAGAGUGGUUUCCAAAAGGCAGCAGUGCUGUUCUAACUCCUGAGGCAGUUCCAGUGCAGCCUAUAGAAAUCUGUGAGCGUUUAACAGACACAGAGGCUGACAGCCAGGAGGAGACCAGUGACCAGCUCCCUGUGUUUGAACCUUGUGAGAGCAGUGUUGAUGCUUUCAGAGAACACAAUGAUGCCAUAGCUAGGAUGUUCAGUGAUCUCCUGGCAGAUGAAAAUAGCAUGCAAGACAAAGACCCAGACAUUGCCAGAGGUGAGAAUAAAACCUUUGAGAAACUUGAGUCAGAAAAUGCAUUACAGCAAAGUCCAAAGGAAAGCACAACCCAGCAUCAGCAGCCUUCUGAUAUUUCUCAUAUGGUCUCCCUUUUCACCAAAGCUGCUCAAGAGAACUACAGUUGUAGUACAACCAGCAAGAAUUCAGAACAAUCAGAAGAAUCCUUUGAAUCUGGCUAUCGAAGCUCCAGCAUAAAUUCUGCUUCUCUGGAUGCAAGCAGUCUUCAAUGUACAGUUCACCAAAGCCUUUUUCCUUGCAGUUUUGGAAGUCAGCGUGAUUCAUGUGUUCUUAUCCAGGAAUCUCCAAAUAAACCAUCCUAUAGGACCAGAGAAGAUGGUGUAAGCAGCUUUGCACACAAGAGUUUUGAUACCCUUGUGUCUCCAUCCCUGGGUCUGUGUAGCUCUGCCUACAAGAGCUGUGACACCCUUAUAUCCCCAUCUGUGGAGCCCUGUGGUUCUGCAUAUAAAAGCUUUGAUGUUCUUGUGUCUGCAUUCAAGGAACCAAGUAGCUCUGCCUAUAAGAGCUUUGAUACUCUUCUGUCUCAGCCUGUGGCUAACAGCAGCCUGGCUCCGUGUUUUGAAAGUGUGUGCUCCUCGCUGCCUUUGGCACAGAUUUCAGAGACACCAGAACUAAGCUGCAGCGAUCCAAUUUACCAGCCCCCUAGGACUGGGACAUGUCAUACCAGCUGCAGAUCUCCCUGCACUGAGCUCAGUUUUCAAAAUACCUCUUCAGAGCAGACUGAUUUUCCAUCUUUCUUCACACCUCUGGCCUUCCUGCCAGAGGAAGAAAUACACAAGCAAGUAACAUAUCAAAAUGUUGAAAAGAAAGCCACUAUAAUACCUUGCCCUGCUGGACCUCUACCAUCUGGUUAUCAACCUUUUGAUAAUGCAGUUAAAUGCAAGGGCACAUAUGGUGAUGAUGCCAGGGAGGGUAUCUCUGAAUCACUGUACAAACCUUUCAUUCAUCUUUUGUACAGCAACCUGAGAGAAGCACCUCCUGAUACCAUCAGCUGUACAUCUGACCAGAGGACAGAUGACCACAUGUGUUUGGUUGUGCAGCAUUUUGACUGCAGCAUUGCCCCAGGUUUAGCCUCUAGUGAGGGUGUUGAACAGACUGGUGAUGGCAGCCGCUGGACCAUCAGCUCUGAGCUGCCUGCACACAGCAAAGAUGAAGACACUGGCAGAGAGGAACAGCUUUUGUGUUUGCUAGAGCAUAACUGUCAGGAUUUUAACAGCAGAGGAAGAACUACAAAGGGAACAAAGCCUAACAGCUUUAACUCUGCUGGACGAGGAGUGCGGGAGAGAAGCAGUAAUGGGCUAAGUGCUGACUUUCACUGCCACACAUACAAGCACUUGAGGGAACUUGGAAAGGCAGGGGAAAAUAAAGAGGUGAUGCAGCAUGCGGCAGGCAGGAAGCAUGGCUCAGCAGCUGCCUUACCAGAGGAGUCAUUGGACAGCACUGAGUUGAACUUAGGAAGAAAACCUGCAGAGCCCUUAGAGCUCCUGGUCUCAGACAAGUCACCACCUCCUCUUUUUGUGGACAACUAUCCUUCUGAUUUUCACACCAUUCACAGUGAGGGCUCCCAGCUGGCACCUGCAGUUAAAAAAAGACCAGUAGAACUAUUGAGGGAAAACAGAAAGAAUGGGAAAGAGGUGGAAUCUGUACAAGGCGUUGCCCAGGAGAACAACUGCUACAUGAAAGUAGCCUAG